AUGCGUCUUAUUGUCAUCAAUAACGCUGUCAUUAAAGGUUACCACGAAUUCCAAAUAAAACCACCUCCAAAUAUUUUGCUGCCUGUCACCAAAGAGUAUGGAAACCAUCAUGAUCCACAUUCGUGUUUGGUUUGGAUCCCUGAGAUAGACAAUAUCCCAAGAGAUUUAUGGAAUCAUGUAACAGAUGAAAAACGAGGAGAGCGAGUUAGGACUAUUGCGGGCUUGCCCAUUGGUCGAGUCCCCAGGGGGCUUUCGGAAUGUUUUUGGACUCUGCUUGAAAAUUCUGAAGUGGGCUGUAUUGAGUGUGAACAAACAGGAAAUCCCUGCAAAAGCUUUAAUCCUUGGCCACCGCAGCAUGCACAAGGAGGAGGAGCAGUAAUUCCGUGUUCAUAUAGAAUACAACUGAAUAAUUCCAAUGUCUGUGAUGGUAUAUUUAAGCAGGUUGAUGAAGCUAUUCAAAAAAUGGAAGAAAAAACUGUAUUGCAAAUAAAUUUGUAUUAA